AUGGCGGGAGGCCCCCCGAGCACCAAGGAAGAGGUGGACAUGUGCCUGGAUGAAGAGCUGGGCCCGGGGGGGCACAGGCAGAACCAGGAGCACCUGGUGAUCGCAGAAAUGAUAGAGCAUGGCUCCCGGUCCCUGGGUGCUUCUCAGCGGCGACAGAAGUUGGACCCAAAGGCCGCUGGCCCCGCCGCAGCCCCGUCGCUCUGGAAUAUGACUUCCGCCCGGCCCAAGAAAAUGGGGUCCCAGCUGCCGAUGCCCAGAUUGUCCAGAGAAGCGGGCCAUGGCGACGCCUAUGUCCAGGAGUGUCCUGGCACCUUCCAGGGCAUGAGGUGCCAUUACGAGCGCAACGCGGAGGCAGAUCUGAUUGCGGAGAUCGGUCUGGAGGAGCUGAACGGGCUGGAGAUGGAGGUCAUGCGCAGACAGCUGCGUGUGAUCACCGGGCGCCUGCGCGCCCUGGAAGACCAGGGCGUGGGCCUGCGCCGCAGGGACACGCUCCUCUUCACGGUGCUGGUGUCGGCCUGCCUGGCCGGCCUGUGGCUGUGGAUGCGCCGGUGA